AGACCCGGGCGGCGCCGGCCGCCCUGCCGGCCGCAGGUCCGCCUCCGCCGCGCCGAGGGCGUGGGCUCCCGGCUCCCGGAAGCGGCGGCCGCGGCGCGGAGCCGAGCCGGCGUCCGUCGCCGGAGCUGCAAUGAGCGGCGCCCGGAGGCUGUGACCUGCGCGCGGCGGCCCGACCGGGGCCCCUGAAUGGCGGCUAGCUGAGGCGGCGGCGGCGGCUCAGGCUCCUCGGGGCGUGGCGUGGCGGCGGCCGAGGUGAUGCUGCUCAAGCUCCUGCAGAGACAGACCUAUACCUGCCUGUCUCACAGGUAUGGGCUCUACGUCUGCUUCGUGGGCGUCGUUGUCACCAUCGUCUCCGCUUUCCAGUUCGGAGAGGUGGUUCUGGAAUGGAGCCGAGAUCAAUACCACGUUCUGUUUGAUUCCUAUAGAGACAAUAUUGCUGGAAAGUCCUUUCAGAAUCGGCUGUGCCUGCCCAUGCCGAUUGACGUUGUUUACACCUGGGUGAAUGGCACAGAUCUUGAACUACUGAAGGAGCUACAGCAGGUCAGAGAACAGAUGGAGGAGGAGCAGAAAGCAAUGAGAGAAAUCCUUGGGAAAAACACAACGGAACCAACUAAGAAGAGUGAGAAGCAGUUAGAGUGUUUGCUGACGCACUGCAUCAAGGUGCCCAUGCUUGUCCUGGACCCAGCCCUGCCAGCCAGCAUCACCCUGAAGGACCUGCCAUCUCUUUAUCCUUCUUUUCAUUCUGCCAGUGACAUAUUCAAUGUUGCAAAACCAAAAAACCCUUCUACUAAUGUCUCAGUUGUUGUUUUUGACAGUACUAAGGAUGUUGAAGAUGCCCACUCUGGACUGCUUAAAGGAAACAACAGACAGACAGUAUGGAGGGGCUACUUGACAACAGAUAAAGAAGUCCCUGGAUUAGUGCUAAUGCAAGAUUUGGCUUUCCUGAGUGGAUUUCCACCGACAUUCAAGGAAACAAAUCAACUAAAAACAAAAUUGCCAGAAAAUCUUUCCUCUAAAAUCAAACUGUUGCAGUUGUAUUCAGAGGCCAGUGUAGCACUUCUGAAACUGAAUAACCCCAAGGAUUUUCAAGAAUUGAACAAGCAAACUAAGAAGAACAUGACCAUUGAUGGAAAAGAACUGACCAUAAGUCCUGCAUAUUUAUUAUGGGAUCUGAGUGCUAUCAGCCAGUCUAAGCAGGAUGAAGACAUCUCUGCCAGUCGUUUUGAAGAUAACGAAGAACUGAGGUACUCACUGCGAUCUAUUGAGAAGCAUGCACCAUGGGUUCGGAAUAUUUUCAUUGUCACCAACGGGCAGAUUCCAUCCUGGCUGAACCUUGACAAUCCUCGAGUGACAAUAGUAACACACCAGGAUGUUUUUCGAAAUUUGAGCCACUUGCCUACCUUUAGUUCACCUGCUAUUGAAAGUCACAUUCAUCGCAUCGAAGGGCUGUCCCAGAAGUUUAUUUACCUAAAUGAUGAUGUCAUGUUUGGGAAGGAUGUCUGGCCAGAUGAUUUUUACAGUCACUCCAAAGGCCAAAAGGUUUAUUUGACGUGGCCUGUGCCAAACUGUGCCGAGGGCUGCCCCGGUUCCUGGAUUAAAGAUGGCUAUUGUGACAAGGCUUGUAAUAAUUCAGCCUGCGAUUGGGAUGGUGGCGAUUGCUCUGGUAACAGUGGAGGGAGUCGCUAUAUUGCAGGAGGUGGAGGUACUGGGAGUAUUGGAGUUGGACAGCCCUGGCAGUUUGGUGGAGGAAUAAACAGUGUCUCUUACUGUAAUCAGGGAUGUGCAAAUUCCUGGCUUGCUGAUAAGUUCUGUGACCAAGCGUGCAAUGUCUUGUCCUGUGGGUUUGAUGCUGGCGACUGUGGGCAAGAUCAUUUUCAUGAAUUGUAUAAAGUGACCCUUCUCCCAAACCAGACUCACUAUAUUAUUCCAAAAGGUGAAUGCCUGCCUUAUUUCAGCUUUGCAGAAAUAGCCAAAAGAGGAGUUGAAGGUGCCUAUAGUGACAAUCCAAUAAUUCGACAUGCUUCUAUUGCCAACAAGUGGAAAACCAUCCACCUCAUAAUGCACAGCGGAAUGAAUGCCACCACAAUACAUUUUAAUCUCACAUUUCAAAAUAGAAAUGACGAAGAGUUCAAAAUCCAGAUAACAGUGGAGGUGGACACAAGGGAGGGACCAAAACUGAAUUCCACGGCCCAGAAAGGUUACGAAAAUUUAGUUAGUCCCACAACACUUCUUCCGGAGGCGGAAAUCCUUUUUGAGGAUAUUCCCAAAGAAAAGCGCUUCCCGAAGUUCAGGAGACACGAUGUUAACUCAACCAGGAGAGCCCAGGAAGAGGUGAAAAUUCCCCUGGUAAAUAUUUCACUCCUUCCAAAAGAGGCCCAGUUAAGUCUCAAUAAAUUGGAUUUGCAACUGGAACAUGGAGACAUCACUUUGAAAGGAUACAAUUUGUCCAAGUCAGCCUUGCUGAGAUCAUUUCUGAUGAACUCACAGCAUGCUAAAGUAAAAAAUCAAGCUAUAAUAACAGAUGAAACAAAUGACAGUUUGGUGACUCCACAGGAAAAACAGGUUCAUAAAAGCAUCUUGCCAAACAGCUUAGGAGUGUCUGAAAGAUUACAGAGGUUGACUUUUCCUGCAGUGAGUGUAAAAGUGAAUGGUCAUGACCAGGGUCAGAAUCUACCCCUGGACUUGGAGACCACAGCAAGAUUUAGAUCGGAAACUCACACCCAAAAAACUGUAGGUGGAAAUGUGACAAAAGAAAAGCUCUCAUCUCUGAUUGUUCCACUGGCAAGCCAGAUGACAAAAGAAAAGAAAAUCACAGGGAAAGAAAAAGAGAACAACAGAAUGGAGGAAAAUGCCGAAAAUCACAUAGGCGUUACUGAAGUGUUACUUGGAAGAAAGCUGCAGCAUUACACGGAGAGUUACUUGGGAUUUUUGCCAUGGGAGAAAAAAAAGUAUUUCCAAGAUCUUCUUGAUGAAGAAGAGUCAUUGAAGACACAAUUGGCAUACUUCACUGAUAGCAAAAAUACUGGGAGGCAACUGAAAGAUACGUUUGCAGAUUCCCUCAGAUAUGUAAAUAAAAUUCUAAAUAGCAAGUUUGGAUUCACAUCACGGAAAGUCCCCGCUCACAUGCCUCACAUGAUUGACCGGAUUGUUAUGCAAGAGCUGCAAGAUAUGUUCCCUGAAGAAUUUGACAAGACGUCAUUUCACAAAGUGCGCCAUUCUGAGGAUAUGCAGUUUGCCUUCUCUUAUUUUUACUAUCUCAUGAGUGCAGUUCAGCCACUGAAUAUAUCUCAAGUCUUUGAUGAAGUUGAUACAGACCAAUCUGGUGUCUUGUCUGACAGAGAAAUCCGAACACUGGCUACCAGAAUUCACGAACUGCCAUUAAGUUUGCAGGAUUUGACAGGUCUGGAACACAUGCUAAUAAAUUGCUCAAAAAUGCUGCCUGCUGAUAUCACUCAGCUAAAUAAUAUUCCACCAACUCAGGAAGCCUACUAUGAUCCCAAUCUGCCACCGGUCACUAAAAGUCUAGUAACAAACUGUAAACCAGUAACUGACAAAAUCCACAAAGCAUAUAAGGACAAAAACAAAUAUAGGUUUGAAAUCAUGGGAGAAGAAGAAAUCGCUUUUAAAAUGAUUCGUACCAACGUUUCUCAUGUGGUUGGCCAGUUGGAUGACAUAAGAAAAAACCCUAGGAAGUUUGUUUGCCUGAAUGACAACAUUGACCACAAUCAUAAAGAUGCCCAGACAGUGAAGGCUGUUCUCAGGGACUUCUAUGAAUCCAUGUUCCCCAUACCUUCCCAGUUUGAGCUGCCAAGAGAGUAUCGAAACCGUUUCCUUCAUAUGCAUGAGCUGCAGGAAUGGAGGGCUUAUCGAGACAAAUUGAAGUUUUGGACCCAUUGUGUACUAGCAACAUUGAUUAUGUUUACUAUAUUCUCAUUUUUUGCUGAGCAGUUAAUUGCACUUAAGCGGAAGAUAUUUCCCAGAAGGAGGAUACACAAAGAAGCUAGUCCCAAUCGAAUCAGAGUAUAGAAGAUCUUCAUUUGAAAACCAUCUACCUCAGCAUUUACUGAGCAUUUUAAAACUCAGCUUCACAGAGAUGUCUUUGCGAUGUGAUGCUUAGCAGUUUGGCUCGAAGAAGGAAAAUAUCCAGUACCAUGCUGUUUUGUGGCAUGAAUAUAGCCCGAUGACCAGGAAUUAUUUAACCAACCCACUGAAAACUUGUGUGUUGAGCAGCUCUGAACUGAUUUUACUUUUCAAGAAUUUGCUCAUGGACCUGUCAUCCUUUUUAUAAAAAGGCUCACUGGCAAGAGACAGCUGCUAAUUUCCCACAGCAAUCAUUGCAGACUAACUUUAUUAUGAGAAGCCUAUGCCAGCUGGGAGUGAUUGCUAAGAGGCCCCAGUCUUUGCAUUCCAAAGCCUUUUGCUGAAGUUUUGCACUUUUUUUUUCAUUUCCCAUUUUUAAAAUGAGUAGUUACUAAGUUAACUAGUUAUUCUUGCUUCUGAGUAUAAUGAAUUGGGAUGUCUAAACCUAUUUUUAUAGAUGUUAUUUAAAUAAUGCAGCAAUAUCACCUCUUACUGACAAUAACCUAAAUUAUGGGUUUUACUAAUGUUUAAGACUGUAAAUGGUCUUAAACCACUAACUACUGAAGAGGUCAGUGAUUGACAUCUGAAAUGCUUUGUAAUUAUUGACUUCAGCCCCUAAGAAUACUAUAGUUUCAUGUGCAGGUCUAAUUUCAAAGGGCUAGAGUUAGUAACAGUGCUACUUACCAGAUGUAAUUAUGUUUUGGAAAUGUACAUAUUCAAACAGAAGUGCCUCAUUUUAGAAAUGAGUAGUGCUGAUGGCACUGGCACAUUACAGUGGUGUCUUGUUGAAUACUCAUCGGUAUAUUCCAGUAGCUAUCUCUCUCAGUCAGUUUUAGAUAGAACAGAGGCCAGCAAACUUCCUUUGUAAAAGGCUGGAUAGUAAAUUAUUGCAGGCCACCUGUGUCUUUGUCAUAUAUUCUUCUUGUUGUUUAGUUUGUUUUUUUCAAACAACCCUCUAAAAAUGUAAAAACCAUGUUUAACUUGCAGCCGUACAAAACUGGCCACCAGCCAGAUGUGACCCUCAGGCCAUCAUUUGCCAAUCACUGCGAAUUAGUUUUUGGUGGUGGUGGUGGUGGGUUUUUUUUUUUUUUUUUUUUUUUGAGACAGAGUCUCGCUCUGUUGCCCAGGCUAGAGUGCAGUGGUGCAAUCUCAGCUCACUGCAACGUCCGCCUCCCAGGUUCAAGCAGUUCUCCUGUCUCAGCCUCCUAAGUAGCUGGGACUACAGGUGCACGCCGCCACACCUGGCUAAUCUUUGUAUUUUUAGUAGAGACGGGGUUCCACUAUAUUGGUCAGGCUGGUCUCGAACUCCUGACCUCAGGCAAUCCACCCGCCUCCGCCUCCCAAAGUGCUGAGCUUACAGGUGUAAGCCACUGCGCCCAGCUGAGAAUUAGUAUUUUUAUGUGUGGUUAAACCUUGGCAUCUAGCCAUAUUUUGUUUAUGUCAUAAUACAAUGGAUUUGUGAAGACCAGAUUCCAUGAGUAACUCUGACAGGUAUUUUAGAUCAUGAUCUCAACAAUAUUCUUUCAAAAUGGCAUACAUCUUUUGUACAAAGAACUUGAAAUGUAAAUACUGUGUUUGUGCUGUAAGAGUUGUGUAUUUCAAAAACUGAAAUCUCAUAAAAAGUUAAAUUUUUGUCUGACACUUUGAUGUUUAAAUCUUUGAGGAUUGAGUUUACUGUUACUCAGAUUCAGCAGUCACUUGAGUGCCUUUACUGUGUAUCAGGUUCUGUGCUGAACAUUACUAAAAUUAAGUGGAAAGUAAGGAAAGAUUAGUAUUAUACAGAAGAAUGUUGCUUUAUAGGGGGGAAAAUAGUUUCUAAAUGGACUUUAUCAUAUGGUAAAAAUUUAGGAUAUGUUGGUGUCAUUAUAAAAGCUGAGAUUUAUUCUAGAAAA